CUGCGAGUCGGCGGCGCGGGGCUGCGGGUGCGCGGCGAUUCAGGGCUGAGCGGGAUCCGGGAGCGCGCGGCUCCCCGCUGGCCAGGACCCCUGGCACCGCUCCGCACGUCUCCAGGAGGCAGAGCCCGCAGGUGCCGCCUGUCCUCGCCCGGCGGCUGCAGCCUCCGGACAUGGAGCCCCCGGUCCAGAUCUUCCGCGGCGAGCCGGGCCCCACCUGCUCCCCCAGCACCUGCCUGCCCCCCAACGGCAGCGGCUGGUUCCCGGGCUGGGCUGAGCCGGACGGCAACAGCAGCGCGGGCUCCGAGGACGCGCCGCUGGAGUCCGCUCACAUCUCCCCUGUCAUCCCUGUCAUCAUCACGGCGGUCUACUCCGUGGUGUUCGUCGUGGGCCUGGUGGGCAACUCGCUGGUCAUGUUCGUGAUCAUCCGAUACACCAAGAUGAAGACUGCAACCAACAUCUACAUAUUCAACCUGGCGCUGGCGGACGCUCUGGUGACCACCACCAUGCCCUUCCAGAGCACCGUCUACCUGAUGAACUCCUGGCCCUUUGGGGACGUGCUGUGCAAGAUCGUCAUCUCCAUCGACUACUACAACAUGUUUACCAGCAUCUUCACCCUGACCAUGAUGAGCGUGGACCGCUACAUCGCCGUGUGCCACCCCGUCAAGGCGCUCGACUUCCGCACGCCCUUGAAGGCAAAGAUCAUCAACAUCUGUAUUUGGAUCCUGUCGUCAUCUGUCGGCAUCUCUGCCAUAGUCCUUGGAGGAACCAAAGUCAGGGAAGACGUGGACGUCAUCGAGUGCUCCUUGCAGUUCCCAGAUGACGACUACUCGUGGUGGGACCUCUUCGUGAAGCUCUGCGUCUUCGUCUUCGCCUUCGUGAUCCCCGUCCUCAUCAUCAUCGUCUGCUACACCCUGAUGAUCCUGCGCCUGAAGAGCGUCCGGCUGCUCUCCGGCUCCCGGGAGAAAGAUCGCAAUCUCCGUCGCAUCACCAGGCUUGUCUUGGUGGUGGUGGCCGUCUUCGUCGUCUGCUGGACCCCCAUUCACAUUUUCAUCCUUGUGGAGGCUCUGGGGAGCACCUCACACAGCACGGCCGCGCUCUCCAGCUACUACUUCUGUAUUGCCUUGGGCUACACCAACAGCAGCCUGAACCCCAUCCUCUAUGCCUUUCUCGAUGAGAACUUCAAGCGGUGUUUCAGGGACUUCUGCUUUCCCGUUAAGGUGAGGAUGGAGCGCCAGAGCACAAAUCGGAUCAGAAAUACUGUUCAGGAUCCAGCUUACAUGAGGGAUGCUGAUGGGAUAAAUAAGCCAGUAUGACUAGU